UAAAACUGCAGUUCAUCGCUGUUUUUUUUAAUCUUCUGCAAGUGCAAUUUUUCCUUAAAGAUUCCUUGGCGUAGAACUUCAGAGAAUUUCAAUAGCUUGGCAUUCAUCUGAUGUUAAAGUUGUCUUCUAUUUGAUACGAAAUUGGACGACUUUGUUGCAGUAAACCAUCAGUAGGUGUCCUAGCUAUACUCAUUAGGGUUUCGUUUUUCUCACAUCACUUCUUUGUUUAGGGUUUAUACGAUUUUCUUUUUCCUUGCUUGUUUGCUUUGUUGAGAACAAGGGGAGAAACUAAUGGAAGAAUACAAUCAGAUAAACGAAAAUAGCACUCCUAGGGGAAAUUUCUUGUACGCAUCUCAAGUUCUUGCUUCAAAUUCUGCCCCAUAUGGGAGAGCAAGUAGUGGCUCCAACGUGAGUAAUCAGCAAACCCAGAUACCUUUAACCUCUGUCCAUCUUCCAUCAAGUGAAUGCUAUCAAUCUGAGGGACGCCCAAUAGUGAAAACUGAAGCUAGUACUUCACAACAUGGCCAAAAAUUUCACCACCCUUUGUUGAGAGGGCAUCAAGCAAUUCAUCGCCAACAAGAAGUGAACGAAAGCUCCACUGAACUCGAAGCUAUCAAAUCGAAGAUCAUAGCUCAUCCUCAGUACUCUAAUCUCCUUGAGGCUUACAUGGAUUGCCAAAAGGUAGGAGCUCCUCCCGAAGUGGUGGCACGGCUAGCAGCUGUUCGACAAGAGUUCGAGGCAAGGCAGCGAUCUUCAGUGACAUCAAAAGAUAACUCAAAAGACCCGGAACUUGAUCAGUUUAUGGAAGCUUACUAUGACAUGCUGGUGAAAUAUAGAGAGGAACUAACGAGGCCAAUACAAGAAGCUUGGGAUUUCAUGCGGAGGAUCGAAGCUCAACUUAACAUGAUCGGCAAUGGUCCCGUGCGGAUCUUUAGUCCUGAUGAGAAGUGUGAAGGUGCUGGUUCAUCCGAGGAGGACCAAGACAACAGUGGCGGAGAAACCGAACUCCCUGAAAUCGAUCCACGCGCCGAAGAUCGAGAACUGAAAAAUCACUUACUGAGGAAAUAUAGCGGUUACCUGAGUAGUCUCAAGCAAGAACUCUCCAAGAAAAAGAAGAAAGGGAAACUACCCAAAGAAGCUAGACAAAAGUUGCUUAGCUGGUGGGAGUUGCACUAUAAAUGGCCAUACCCUUCGGAGACUGAGAAAGUGGCAUUGGCUGAAUCAACUGGUUUAGACCAGAAACAAAUCAACAACUGGUUCAUAAACCAAAGGAAACGACAUUGGAAGCCGUCCGAAGACAUGCAAUUCAUGGUGAUGGAUGGUCUGCAUCCACAGAGUGCAGCUCUAUACAUGGAUGGUCACUACAUGGGUGAAGGUCCCUAUUGUUUAGGGCCAUGAUGAUGUGAAAUACAACAUAUAUAGUAAUAUAUGUGUGUGUAUGUGUUGUGUUUCUUAGCGAGUCGCAUUGCAGUC